ACGACACUGGCCGAUAUGGACGAGACAGAAGCGCUAGAGGCUUUGUCAAAUCUGCUCACUGACCUUUCCGCAAAUCCCUAUGAUAUCUCCCUCCAUGCUCGCCAUAUUGGCUUGGCGUCCGCAGCAAGCAUGGAGGAUCAGGAGCACCUGGCUCGCGAAAUGAUGGUGGCUUAUUGGGCUGCCGGGGAUGAAGUUUGGCUUCCUCUCAUAGAAGCCAAGGAGAAAACUGUUGAUUUGGGGUCUCGGGAAGGGGUGCAAGAGGUGCUAGAUUUGUAUAACAAGGCAGAGGACGAUUAUUUGUCUAUACCCCUCCUUCGCAAACAUAUUGGCUUUCUCAUCGAACAACAUGCCUCUCUUUCUGAGUCUGGUGUGAAGCUAAGCGAUGGUCAGGACGAGGAUGAGUUACUUUCCACGUCAUGGACGCGCAAAUCUCUCGCUUCAGUGGUCUCCAAAGGUUCGGCUCACCUUACCAAGGGUCACGAAUUAUGGGAGGCUCAACGUGACUGGGAACUCGAAAUGCUAGAGGUCGCGCCUGCGGAGGAGCGGCCGGCUUUGGUCGCGUGGAUUGACGAAUUGCAUCUGAAGCACCUGCAACAACCCCAUUCAAAUCACGAAGAGACUUUUCAAUCAUACUCCUCCUUCACUACUAACCAAAAGCCACCAUCAGAGUAUGAAUCACUUCUCGUAUCCGCAUCUAAAUAUCGUUCCAAGGCCGUUAAAGCUUACGAGUGGAGAGAAAAGUAUGAGACAUCAUUGUCUCAAGCCGGCUAUUCGCUUGCAGCUUAUAAUUACUACAUCGACUAUGAACGCCGGCCCAGGAAACCUGAUUUAGCGAUGUUCUCAGGGAUAUGUGAAAGAGCAAUUGCGGACGCCGCCAAACAGCGUUUUGCUGGAGUAGCGGACGCUGAACCAGCCCUCGUCACAUUCUGGAUUGGAUAUAUUGACACUACUCGUCAACACCACGGGGAUGACCGCCUGCAAUUGAAGAUCUUUCAGCGCGCCGUGAAGAGCGUCCCACGCUCGGGAGAGAUAUGGGCUCGCUACAUCCGUUUCUUGGAAUCUAACGAAGAGUUGAUCGACAAUGGUGAGGCCGAGCCGGUUGCAGGUGAAUCAUGGUCAUGUCUUUCCCAAAACCAUCUCCUCAUCCCAAUCCAAGCUUUGUAUGACAAGGCCAUUGCAACAGGUUUGUUCCAGACGGACCCUGAGCAAUUUGUCCCACUCGUGUUGGCACGAGCCGGGUAUGAAAAACGGAGCAUAACAUCUUUGGAAGCUUCAGAGGACGGUGCAGAAGCUCUAUCUAAUCUAUUCCAAAUCUUGGAAUCUGGUAUACAAUCUGUCAGGACUGCAUCAGAAGCUGGUGAUCCUCGAUUCAGGAUUGAGAAAUUCCUAGUGGAGCUGCGAAAUGAUGUUGGUGAUCAUAAGGAUGCGAUAAACGUCUGGGCAGAGACUGCAAAGCACUACAAAACAAGCUAUCUGGCUUGGACAGCUUACACAGACGAGUUAAUAAAACAAAGCGACUAUGCAACUGCACGGACUGUGUUCGAUCGCAUAUCUACUUCUAAUAUUGAUUGGCCAGAAGCUGUUUGGGAAGCUUGGGAAUCUAUGGAGCACGCUCGCGGUUCAGUAUUCUCUCUGGAAAAAUGUCUUGAUAAGGUAGCCACAGCGCGCACGCAAGUGAAUACAAAGCGUGUGAAGGAAGCACAAAAGGCGCAGAAACAGUCCAUGCAGAUGGCCGCGGAACAGCAUGCGACAGAUACCCAUAUUCCGGUGUCGAGACAGAAUGGAGAUCAUGAAGCUCCCAUGGAUGUCGACAGUAUACCAUCAGCUACGACAAGUUUGAAAAGAAAGGCUGAAGACGUAAUCAGUGCCGAGGGGAGCAAGAAAACCAAGAUCGAAUCCUCGCAAGCACUCAAAAGAGACCGAGAAAACAGCACUGUCUUUGUUGCAAAUCUACCUGUAGAGACAACAGAGGAUGAUCUCGUAAAGUUGUUCAAGGACUGCGGUAACGUUCGUGAGGUGAAGACCACUCAUUUGCCGAAUAUGCUUGUGGCAACUAUCGAGUUCAUCAACCGAGAAAGCGUUCCAGCUGCACUAACUAAGGAUAAGAAACGCCUGCAUGACGUAGAGAUUGCAGUUCAUCUUGCUUGGCAGUCAACAUUAUACGUGACGAACUUUCCGGAAAAAGUUGACGACGAAUUCAUCCGAAACUUGUUUGGAAAGUAUGGUCUUGUCUUCGAUGUCCGCUGGCCGAGUAAGAAGUUUAAGAGUACUCGACGGUUCUGCUAUGUUCAGUUUACUUCGCCAGUAAGCCCAUAUCUUGAGUAUCAAAAUGAGUAUUCACGUUUAUUGCCUCUGCUGCAUCAGGCAUCGGCCAACGACGCACUGACUCUUCAUAAUCACGAGUUAGAACCAGAUCUGAAAUUAAACGUUUACAUCUCUAAUCCAGAGCGGAAGAAGGAUCGCAGCGACGUCAGUGCAAACGCGAGAGAGGUCUACGUGGCAGGUCUGAGCAGAUUUGUAACAGAUGAAGAUCUCAAGAAAUUCUUCAAAGCUUAUGGGCCUAUCAAAGAUAUUCGAAUGGCAACAGAUCCUGAGGGCCACUCAAAAGGCUUCGCGUUUGUGGAAUUCGAAGAAGAAAAAGAUGCAAUCACUGCACUGGAUGCGAACAACUACGAGUUGAAAAAGCGGAGGAUUGCAGUGACAUUAGCAGAUACUCGAGUGCGGUCUCGCAAACGCGAGCCUGAAAGCGGUUUGGGGAAGCGUGCAGAUAUGCGUACUCGAUCUCUACGCAUCCACAAUUUACCUCCAGGAACACAAGAAGGCCUCCUCCAACAAGUCCUCGAGAAGCGUGCCCAAAUCUCUCGAGUGGAAGUUCUCGUGGAGAAGAACGAGGCUGUGGUUGAAUUUCAAAAUGUCGCGGAUGCUGGAAAGCUGCUAUUGGACCCAGAACCAAUCGUGUUCAAAGGGGUCACGUUAAAGCUCUCUGAAGAGGGUACUUCACAUUCUGGCGCUGCACCCAGCGGAUUAUUUGUACCAAGGGCUGCGAAAUCAAGACCGAAGGCGAAAUUGGGGCAGAUGCGAAAACUUGUCGCUCCCACGUCAUCAGAAGUUCCCACAUUGUCAGAUUCUCAGUCGAAGAAAGGGCAAGACGAUUUCAGGAAGAUGCUGGCUAGCGGAAAGUGAUUGAGUUUUUGCAUUGAUAUGUACUGUAGUUUGUCAUACUGCACCUGCUGUAACUUAGUACAAACAGCGAUAGUCCCUCUACCCCU